UAAGGUUGCAGGUGCUAGCAAUGGGGGCGUGGUACGAAAAAUAAAAAAGUACAGUAAAAAUGAAGCAUGUCUAUAAAUAAUGGAAUUUCGCGGAUAAAUUGGGCGGCUAUUGGCGCGCGAAACCAAAGGCAUGGAACUCGCAUUGCCUAGUGGCUUUCUGGCCUCUCGUCCUCGCCAAUGUUUCCGUUAUGCCAAAACUCAAUCCUCUCAGUUUUAUCCAAUGCGCAAUUUCGAAUCCUCCAGGCAAGGCUACUACGUAGACCGGAGAAGGUUGAUCGGCGAUGUCAUGGCUACGAUCGGCGGUGAGCAAAGCUGUGGAAGUCGGCGGAAACGGGAAUAUCACUCGCAACCUUCGCAGCUAUGCGGGAUCCGUUGCCCAGCAUGCCGGUUACGCCGGCUUCGACGAUGCAAAGAAAAUUCACGACCGAUCUGGUCCUGGAAACAUCAAGAGCUUUAAGCAUGCUUUGAAAAGAUUAGAAGAACAGUCAGUUUCUUGCAGAGGUAUAGAGAGACUUCAGCAACUACGCAGGUGGUUAGUUGCUCUUAAAGAGAUUGAUAGAUUGCAUGGAACUAAAGCAGAAGCAGGGAAAAACAUUGAACCCGUAGAUAUAUCCAUCUCAAAGAAGGAUCUUCCUAAAGAACCUACUAUGGUUUUAUAUCAUGAUCCUGAUCUUGGUGGGGAACCAAUGAAUUUUAAAGACUUGUUUCUUCGCAGUCAAGCUCUUGAAGGCAUCGUCUUGUCAGUGAUUCUUGAAGCACCAGAUGAUGAAGAGGUGUCAUUGCUUACAGAGAUCUUUGGACUCUGUCUUACUGGCGGGAAAGAAGUCUGUGAUGCAACAAUAGCUAGCAUAGAAGCUCUGGCUAAAGCUUUCUCAAGCUAUAAUGAUGAAUUAUUGGCAAAGAAGGAAGACCUGCUUCUAUUUGCACAAAGUGCAAUUGCUGGGCUGAAAGUAAAUGCUGACAUAGCAAGAAUAGACUCUGAAGUCUCAAACAUACAACAGGACCUGCAGAAAAUGCAAUGCUGGCCACCUUCAAAGGAAGUUGGAAAAUCAUGUGGGUCUUCUACAGAGAUAACGGAGACUUUGAAAGAAGAACUUGCUCAGAUACAACUAUUUUCCAAAUUGGAGUCACUUUUAUUACAGGAGAAGAUUUUGCUCAAUAGAAGUGAAUCAGGAAACCAUUUUCAAAAGGUUGAUAAGUUAAAGGUUUUGUCAGAGUCCCUUUCGUGCUCUGCUUCAAAAGCUGAAGAACGCAUUUCUGAGAGCAGACUUCAGAGAGAAGGAGCACUUAGCUUUCGUAUUUCAAAAGCGAAUGAAUUCUCCCAUCUUGAAAAGGAGCUGACAGUCAAAAUUCAUGAACUUGAGAAGCAAAAAGAUGAUCUUGAAGCUGAGUUGAUGAAGGUAAAUUCCACCUUGUCUUCUGCAUAUGCCCAUCUACGCAAUGCCAGGGAGGAAAGAGAUCAGUUUAAUGAAGCUAGCAAUGAAAUUAUUCAACACAUCCAAAUGAAGGAGGAGGAGUUUUCUAGAUCUAUUGCAUCAUACAGAGCUGAGGCAGACGUUUGUGAUGCAUUUAUUUACUUCUUAGAAGACACACAGGGAUUUGAAUCAUCAUAUAUUAGACAAAAGGAGAAGCAUGUCAAUGAGGAACUGGAGAGAUGUGAAGAUUAUUUUGGGGAUUUGGUGAUCCGCGUCUUAUCUGCAUACCAGGAUGAGCUAGGGCCUUCUAUUUUGAAUGUCAAGAAACUUGCAGAGGACUUGAUAGGGUAUUAUUGCUCAUUACUGCAUUUGAAAGAGUAUGAUAAUUGAAGAGAAUUAACCAUGUUACUAUGUUCGGACUACCAGGUCAGAGAUCAUGGAUACUGCUUCAAACGGAGAUAAUAAGAGUGCAGUGGAUGCAAGACGACGGCUGGAGGAGGAAUAUCUGAAAGCAGAAACCAAGUUAAUAACCACAUUCAGUAUUGUGGAAAGCAUUAAAAAGCAGUUCUAUGCGCAAACUGAAGGAAUUUCAAGGAAGGAUUAUGAAAAUGUGAAUCAACAAUUUGAAAGUCUGGGAAAGAUCAAAGAAGAAUUUGAAUCCAUCAACAGACCAUCUCUGGAAGUUGAAACUCCUAGAAGGAGAUCCAAACCAUUAAAGUUGAUGUCAGAACCCAACACUCCCCCAUCUUUCAAUCAAAAUGUAGAACCCGUCACCCCUGGAUCACCUCUGCAAAAUGAAAGAACACAUAGAUCCCUGAUGAAGGGGAGUCUGAGAAAGAGUCUAUCUAUGGCUAUACGUCAGACAAACGACGCAGUAAGCUUUGCCCGAGGAGAAGAGGGUUUCAUGUCCCAAAAAAUCCUGAGAACAAAGUCAGUGGAUCCAGCUGCGCAACUCUCAAAGCUGAAGAUGGAGUUGGAACUUGAGAACAGUACCAGAGACCAAUCUUUCGACGAAAUUUAUGACUGGGAAUCCGAUGUAAAUGAAAAAGAGAGGAUACACGUUGGUGAAUGAGUUCUUACAAUUCUUUUUUUACCCGUGACCAAAUUGUGUUACUCAAGUGAAGAGGAAGACUGUUUAACAGGUGAGGGACACUUGCUGACAUUCCCCAUACAUGCAUACAUGCAUGCAUGUAUUCUCUGCUCUAAUUCAGAAUGCAUCUAAACAAAAUACUCCUACCUAGUAGUAUAUUAUUAUAUCCAAUCUUGAUGAGUAACAAGUGCAGAGCACGUAAGAAAACGUUAUAUAUUUAGGAAUUUCCAUUCUUACAUUUGAAUUCUAUGCGAAGUAUAUUAAUGCUACGUAUUUU